AUGGACGCCGCGCUCAUCACCGUGAUGCAGAUACACCUCACGGAGCCGGAAGGGGACGUCCUUUUGUUCCUGACCGGCCAAGAAGAGAUCGACACGUCGUGCCAGGUCCUGUUCGAGCGCAUGAAAGGCCUCGGUCCGUCCGUCCCGGACCUGCACAUCCUCCCCGUGUACUCGUCGCUGCCGUCCGAGAUGCAGACGCGCAUUUUCGACCCGGCGCCCCCCGGAAGCAGAAAAGUCAUCGUCGCGACGAACAUCGCGGAGGCGUCGCUGACGAUCGACGGCAUCUACUACGUCGUCGACCCGGGGUUCGCGAAGCAGAAGGUGUUCAACCCUAAGAUUGGCAUGGACUCUCUAGUCGUCGCGCCCAUCUCGCAAGCGAGCGCGAGGCAGCGCGCCGGCCGCGCGGGAAGGACAGGACCUGGGAAGUGCUUCCGACUGUACACCGAGUCUGCGUACAAAAACGAGAUGCUCGGAACGUCCGUGCCGGAAAUCCAGCGCUCGAACCUCGGGACGACGACGCUGACGAUGAAAGCGAUGGGGAUCAACGACCUCCUGAACUUUGAUUUCAUGGACCCGCCGCCGCCGCAGACGCUCGUGAGCGCGCUCGAACAGCUGUACAACCUCGGCGCGUUGGACGAGGAAGGGCUCCUCACGCGGCUCGGUCGGAAGAUGGCGGAGUUCCCGCUGGAGCCGCCGAUGAGCAAGAUGCUCAUCGCCGCGGUGGAUUUAGGGUGCUCCGAUGAGAUCCUCACGAUCGUCGCGAUGCUGUCCGCGCAGAACAUCUUCUACCGCCCGCGCGAGAAGCAGGCGGCGGCGGAUCAGAAAAAGGCGAAAUUUUUCCAACCCGAGGGCGACCACCUCUCGCUUCUCACCGUGUACGAGUCGUGGAAAGCGCAAAAGUUUUCCUCGCCGUGGUGCUUCGAGAAUUUCCUCCAGGCGCGGUCGUUGCGACGCGGCCAGGACGUCCGGAAGCAGCUCUUGACGAUCAUGGAUCGGUACAAGCUCGACGUCGUGUCCGCGGGGAGAAACUUCAACAAAAUUCGCCGCGCGAUUUGCAGCGGGUUUUUCUUCCACAGCGCGAAGAAGGACCCGCAGGAGGGGUACAAAACCGUGGUCGAGAACACGCCGACGUACAUCCACCCCGCGUCGAGUCUGUUCCAACGGCAGCCGGACUGGAUCGUGUACCACGAGCUCGUGUUGACGAGCAAAGAAUACAUGCGCGAGUGCUGCGUCAUCGAGCCGCGGUGGCUCGCCGAGCUCGCGCCGCGUUUCUUCUCCCUGUGCGACCCGCGGAAAAUCUCAAAGCGGAAACGCAUGGAGCGUCUCGAGCCGCUGUACGAUCGCUUCAACGACCCGCAGGCGUGGCGGUUAUCGAAGCGUCGUGGAUAAGAAGAGGCGUGAUUGUUUUUAGGUGUGUGAAACCGCCUCCGGGCUGGUGUCAAUAAAACUGUCUAGCUAGAAAUCGAUGAGAUUCGGCGUGGUCGAAGGCGCGUACGAACCGCC